GAAUCUUCUCACUGCAACUCAGCUGAACUCGUUUCUUCAGUUACCAUGUCUUACAACUGCUACUCUGGAAACUUCUCCUCCCAGUCUCUAGGCAGCUGCCAGCGCUACCCAGGCUCCUCCUGUGGCACUUCCUACCUCAGCAACCUGGGCUACAGCACUGGUCUCUCCUCUCCCAGCACCUGCCAGCUGGGUUCCUCUCUCUACAGGCCCUGUCGGGAGACCUGCUGUGAGUCCAACAGAUGCCAGCCCUCCUGUGUGGUGUCCAAACCCAUCCAGACUUCCUGCUACCGCCCAACAACCUCUGCACUCUGCAGUCCCUGUCAGACAACUUAUGCUGGAUCUCUGGGCUUUGGCUCCAGCACUGGCUGUUCCCUGGGCUAUGGAUCUAGAAGCUGCUACUCACAGGGCUGUGGAUUCAGUGGCUUUAGACCUCUUCUGAGUUAUGGAGUUCAAGGUUUCCCUUCCCAGGGCUUUGGAUCUGGAUUCUGCCGCCCAACCUACUUGGCUUCUGGGACCUGCCAGACUUCUUGUUACCGACCAACAUGUGGAUCUAGCUUCUAUUUAUAA